CAGAAGUGAACCACAGGAAGUAAACCACAAGAAGUAAACCACAGGAAGGAAAUCACAGCAGCACAGCACAACGGUGCUGUGGCACUUAACAGAUAUAACAUUACAAUCUACGGCCGAAAGAUGAGGAUAGUGUGUAAGGAUGUGACGGCAGAGACGCUGUAUGACGUCCUCCAUGACACCAGCUACCGCAAAAAGUGGGACACCAACAUGAUAGACACAUAUGACAUCGCCAGGCUGACUGCCAAUGCCGACAUCGGAUAUUACUCCUGGAAAUGUCCGAGUCCUCUGAAGAACAGAGACUUCGUCACCAUGAGGUCCUGGCUUCCUCUCGGCAGCGACUACCUGAUCAUCAACUACUCUGUCAAACACCCGCAACAUCCUCCUAAGAAGGACUACGUUCGGGCCGUGUCUCUGCUGACCGGGUAUCUGAUCCAGUCCAACGGAACCAACUGCUCCACCCUGUACUACCUGACCCAGGUAGACCCCAGAGGGUCGUUACCGAAGUGGGUGGUGAACAGAGUCUCUCAGUUUGUGGCUCCGAAGGCCAUGAGGAAGAUCUACAAGGCGUCCCUGAAGUAUCCGGAGUGGAAGAGGAAGCACAACCCCAACCUGAAGCCGUGGAUGUACCCGGAGCAGAAUGUGCUGCCUUGCAUUAGCGUGACGGAGCUAACAGUGCAGCGCACCGACUCUCUGGAGAACAUCGACGAGAGUGGCCUGAGCGAGGAGAAGACGCAGCACAGUGAUGAGGAGGAGACUUAGACAUCCUCAUAGACUGAAACACGAGUGUCUGUUUGUUGGUUUGUUUGUUUGUCAGACUGACAAGAGCCUCACCAAACUAUAGCUAACUUCUGACUGAUUUUAUCUUCUGUUGCCAUUCUCUUCACUUUUUCAUCAACUGUGAGCUCGGUGGAGUCUGUCAGGGUUUACUGUGUUACAGAUGAGUCACCUGAAACAUUCUGAAACAUCCUGAACCAUCCUGAAAUGUCCUGAAGCAGACCAAAACAUCCUGAAACAUCCUGAAUUGUCGAAAAACACCUUGAACAUCCUAAAACAUCCUAUAACAUUGUGAAAUGUCCUGAAAUGCCCUGAAACAUCCUGAAAUAUCCCAAAACAUCCUGAAACAUCCUUAAAACUACCCGAUUUGUCCUGAAACAGCUCAAAACAUCCCAAAACAUAGUAAAACAUCCUGGAAAAAAUCUGAAACAUUCUGGAACAUCUUGAAACGUCCUGAAAUGUCUUGACCCGUCCUGAGACGUCCUGAAAUGUCCUCACCCAUCCUGAAAUAUCUGGUCACGUCCUGCAAUAACCUAACAUGUUCUGAAAUAUCCUGAAAUGUCCUUAAAUGUCCUGAAACAUUCUGAAACAUCCUGAGACAUUCUGAAAUGUCCUGACUUUUCCUGAAACUUCCUGAAACAUCCUCAAAUGUCCUGAAACAUCCUCAAACAUCCUGAAAUAUCCUAAAACAUUGUGAAAUGACAUGAAACGUCCUGAAACAUCCUGAAACAACCUGAAAUAUCCUGAAACAUCCUUAAACAGCCUGAAACAUCCUAAACCACCCUGAAAUGUCCUGAAACAGACCAAAACAUCCUGAAACAUCCUAAAAUGUCCUAUAACAUGGUGAAAUGUCCUGAAAUGCCCUGAAACAUCCCAAAAUAUCCCAAAACAUCCUGAGACAUCCCGAAACAUCCUUAAAAUGUCCUGAAUUGUCCUAAAACAGCUAAAAAAAAAAUCCUGAAACGUACUAAAACAUCCUGAAAAAAUCAAAAAAACAUUUUGCAUCAUCUUGCAACAUCUUGAAACGCCCUGCAAUUUCCUGAAAUGUCCUGGUCCAUCCUGAAAUAUCCUGAAAUGUCCUUAAACAUCCUGAAAUAUCUUGAAACAUUGUGAAACGACAUGAAACGUCCUGAAACAUCCUAAAAUGUCCUGAAACAUCCUGAAACAUCCUAAAACAUCCUUAAACAUCCUGAAACAUCCUGAAACAUCCCGACUGACCUGAAAUGUCCUUAAAAUGACCUGGAACAUCCUGAAACAGACCAAAACAUCCCGCAACAUCCUGAAAAAAAAAUUGAAAUAUCCUAAAAUGUUCCUGAAAACCCUAGUUAAUACAUCCUUAAAAAUGCCUGAAUUGUCCUGAAACAGCCCAAAACAUCCCAAACGUACAAAAACAUCCCAAAAUGUCCUCAAUGUACUAAAACAACUUGAAACAUCCUGAAACAUCUCAACAUUUUUAGAUGUUUCAUCCUGAAACAUCUCAACAUUUUUAGAUGUUUCAUCCUGAAACAAAAAAUCUCAACAUUUUGAGAUGUUUCAUCCUGAAACUUCCUUAAACGUCCUAAAACAUCCUGGAACAUCCUGAAAGAGACCAAAACAUCCCAAAUGUCCAGAAAAAAUCUGAAACAUUCUGAAAUAUCCUAAAAUGUUUUGAAACACCCUGAAAUACUCUCCUUAAUACAUCCUUAAAACGUCCUGAAUUGUCCUGAAACAACCCAAAACAUUCAGAAACGUCCUAAACAUACUAAAACGUCCUGACAUAUCCUGAAACAUCCUGAAAAAAAUCUGAAACAUUCUGAAAUAUCCCAAAAUGUCCUGAAACUUCCUUAAACACCCUGAAACGUCCUGAGAUGUCCUGAAAUAUCCCAAAAUACCCUGAAAUGUCCUAGAACAUCCCAAAGCUUACAAGAAUUUCUUAAAAUGUACUUAAAACGUCCUGUAAUUACUAAUGCAUCCUGGAAAAAAUUCUAAUCAAUCAAUUUUGAUCAGAUCAGAACUUGGUGAAGAAUAUUUUGUCUUUUAAAGUUACUGAAGUAUGUCCAGGUAAACCCUGUAUGUCCAGGUAAACCCUGUAUGUCCAGGUAAACCCUGUCUGUACAGGUAACCCCUGUAUGUCCAGGUAAACCCUGUAUGUCCAGGUGAAACCUGUACGUCCAGGAAAACCCUGUAUUUCCAAGUGAACCAUGUAUGUCCAGGUCAAAACCUGUAUGUCCAGAUCAAACCCUGUUUGUCCAAUGUGAUGAAGAAUUAAGUCUUUCUGUAUGUUCUUCAGUUAAAUAAACUCUUUAGGAUUCAUUCAACAU